CGGAAGAAACUUUCUUGGCCGAGGGGGUGGAGCGCCGAAGGGGCGGCGCCGAAGGGAAGCGGCCCCCGCGGCGCCUGGGCGCGGGCAGGGUGGCUGGGCUGGGUGGCGGGUGCUGCUCGUCCCGCUUGCGAUCGCCCUUCCGAGCCGGAUCCAGCCUCCGGGUGCCCGAUGGGCUCCCCCGGGGGAGAGCAGGGGCCCCUGGACGACGUGUCCUGGCUGCGCUCGCUCUUCGUGGCCUGCGACGUGAACGGCUCGGGACGGAUCGAGCGCGACGACUUCGGCGCGCUGUGCGCCGAGCUGCGGGUCCGGCCGGCCGAGGCCGAGGCCAUCUUCCAGCGCCUCGACGCCGACCGCGACGGCGCCAUCACCUUCGCCGAGUUCGCCCGCGGCUUCCGCGGCUUCCGCGGCGCCACGCAGCGCUGGAGGCAGAGGCAGCGGCGGCGGGACAGCGCGGAGGAGCCGUCCGAGGACGGGGCGGACGAGCCGGGGCUGGCAAAUGCCCGCGACGUCUUGAGCCAGGCGGUGGCGGCGGCGAUGGAGCCGAGCCAGGCUUGGCGGGACUUCGAGCAGCGGCUCGGCGACGAGGCCGGCUUCAUCCCCAGGAACGCCAGUGGCAUCCAAUGGCAAGAACAGGUCAGUGUUCUGUAUCAGAACAUCAAUAUCGUGGAACCACGAUUAAUUCAACCUUAUGAGCAUGUUAUUAAGAACUUUAUUCGAGAGAUCAAGCUUCAGAGUGCAGAGAUGGAAAACUUAGCCAUAGCUGUAAAAAGAGCACAAGAUAAAGCAGCAAUGCAGCUUGGUGAACUAGAAGAGGAGAUGGACCAGAGAAUACAGGCUGCAGAGCAUAAAAUCAAGAAGGAGGAGAAGCGGAAAACAGAAGAGGCUCUGAAUGACCUCAAGCGCCAAUACGAAGCUGAAGUGGAUGAGCUCCAAGUGACGAUAAAAAAACUUAAAAUGCUUGAAGAGCAAUCUAAAAACAUUCAUCACAAAGAAGAUUUGGUGGCAUUAAAGAACAGGAUACAUGAUCUGACCUUGGAAAACCAGAAACUUAAGAAAGAUCUUAUGGAAGCACAGACAAAUAUCGCUUUCCUUCAGAGCGAGUUAGAUACUUUGAAAAGCGAUCUUGCAGAUCAGAGCUUGAGUUCAGAAAGAGAACUAGAAAUGAUCAGAGAAUACACAGAAGACAGAGAUAGUCUGGAGAGGCAGAUAGACAUUCUACAGUCAGCCAACAGGAAACUUCACGACAGCAACGAUGGCUUAAGAAGCGCAUUAGAGAAUAGCUGGAGCAUGUACAACAGAUCGCUGCGUCUGACAAACACUUCUCCAGGGAAUACUCUCGCCAGAAGCAGUCCCAAAUGCAGCGGUGGCCAAUCUCCCCAAAAUCCACGAUAUGACAGGUCAUACCAUUCGUCCUAUAUGGAUGAAGACUACGAUUCCCUGGCCCUUUGUGACCCUAUGCAGAGGACAAACUGUGAGGUUGACAGCCUGCCCGAAAGCUGCUUUGACAGUGGCUUGUCUACCUUGAGAGAUUCAAAUGAUUAUGAUUCAGAAGUGGAAUCUAAACACCAAAGGAUUUCUCAGAGGCCACAGGGUCUGCGUGAAAGCUUUACGGGUGAUGCGUCUGAUACAGAUGUCCCAGAUAUCCGAGAUGAAGAGGUAUAUAGUCCUGAUGACGUCGGCACGGUCUUGGACUGGAAGCCCACCCACCCAGUCAGUCGAAGCAGCUCUGGAGCUUCAAUAAGGAAAUGUCUCCCUGUCAUGUCUCCACAGUCGGACUCUCCAGACUGCAGCUCCAGAUACCCAAGCUCAGAGAAAGCUUACAAGAUAGUUCUUGCUGGGGAUGCAGCUGUUGGAAAAUCUAGCUUCCUUAUGAGGCUUUGCAAAAACGAAUUUCGAGGGAACACCAGCGCAACUCUAGGUGUUGACUUUCAAAUGAAGAGGCUCAUUGUUGAUGGGGAACCUACAGUGCUGCAGCUGUGGGACACGGCGGGACAAGAGAGGUUCCGAAGUAUUGCUAAAUCGUACUUCAGAAGAGCAGAUGGGGUACUUCUACUAUAUGACGUUACCUGUGAAAAGAGUUUCCUGAAUGUACGAGAAUGGGUGGAUAUGAUUGCGGAUGCAACCCAUGAAAACAUUCCAAUCAUGAUGGUAGGCAACAAAGCCGAUCUUCGCCAGGUGCUUGCUGAGCAAGGACAGAAAUGUGUGCCGAUAAACUAUGGAGAGAAGCUGGCCAUGACCUACAGUGCGUUGUUCUGUGAAACAAGUGCUAAAGAUGGAUCUAAUAUUGUGGAGGCAGUACUUCAUCUUGCUCGAGAAGUGCGAAAAAGGAGUGACAAAGAGGAGGACAAGUCUGUGACAAACCUGACUGGGACAUCAUUAAAGAAGCCGUCUCUCACCAAAAACUGCUGUGGUGUUUAGAGACAAUCCAGCCCUCUUUUUGCCCCAAAGAAACAGAUUUCUGUGGCUGGGGCAGAAAAGGAGUAAUGAAGGAUUUAGGCAUAGAGUGUUCUGUAGAGAAGAACCUGAGAACCAUUACUCUUGAGUUGCCACAUCCAUUGAGCAGCUUCAGAUGCUUUGGAAGGCUGUUGAGCAAAACCAAGCCAGGGGUCUGGGACCUUCAGUCCAGAAGCAGAGCCAGACACUCCCGGGGCAUUGGUUCCUGUGUGCAAGAACCAGCUGCAAACCGCCUGUGCCUUUUAAAGACAACCUGCCCAAGAAAUGUUGAAGCAAGGCAUCCUCUUUACUCGAAAUAUACAUGUAAAUAUGUAAGUUCAUUCUCUGACCUCCUGGGAGACAUUUGCUGCUGUUCGUGAAAUUUCAUCCCCGACCUGAAACUUGCUCCAUGUCUAUUUUGAGUGGAGUUCUGCAGUUCUUAACUUCCCCCUGCAUUCUGCGCUGCAUUGGGUUCUCAAGGAAACAUGGCGGCAGUCAACCUCUAGGCAAAUGAGCCUGCAUUGGAAAGGAAAACGUGGCUGUGUCAAAAGCUAAACUUAUCAUGCAUCCCUGACAUCAUUUAGGAACUUUGGGGAAGAAUUCACCAUUCAGGCUUGCUUCUCCUUUUAGAAGCCAUACAUGUCAGUUGACCAGGAAAAAUGAAAUGUGUCUUAGCUGUCACUGUGGUGAUGAACCCAUGUCUGGGCUGUACAGCUUUGGAGUGCUCCCAGUUGCAGGGGAUGUGUGUGUAGUAAAAUGUAAAUUAAGCAGGUUUUGAAGAAGGCUAAGCUAGAACCUCUUUCCCCCUCAGGCAUCUUGUUUUCUGGGUGGAGAAAAUCCAACUAAGUUCUAAUCAGAGUGAGCCACUGAAAUUCAUGGGUGGAAGUUAGUCAUGCCUGUCAGUUUCAAUGACUACUGUGAGGACUAACAAUGGAUAUAGUCCAAUUUUUGUUACUGAAGAGAGUUAAUUUGUGUGCAUCCCACAUCUCAAGAGGUAUAGCCCAAGCACAGGCUCAUGACCCUUGUGAGAACUAGUGCUUAGGUCUGUCAUGUGCCCUUUGUUGAAAGACCUGCUCCCCACAUGUCAGUAUUCUCAUAAUGCAGUGGAGUUAAAUAUGGGUGUUUUCUUCCCACCUUCAAAAUAAUGAGCUCUAAUGCUAACUGAUUUAGAUCAGCAGCUUUCACAGGCUGCACCCUAAGUAGUCUGUACUUAGCUUAGGCAAACAGCUGAUCCAAGCCUCUGCAGCUCAUCUGGAAAUGGUUAAGUUUGCAGUGGGCCUGAGUUUAAACAAUCUAAAGGGAAAGAAAGGGAAAGGCCCCCAACAGAUGAAACAAUGGAGAACAAAAGCUCUUACAUACAAAAUUAGAGGGUUGAUUCUGACCUCUGUUACUGAUAACUACUACCUGGAGCGAGGGCUUUUUUCUGACCUGUGGAACGGGAAGUUGGUGGAGAUUUGUACACGCAAAAGUUUGUUGACUGAGCUAAGAAACUUGGGCUCUUUUAUAUACAUGUUAAAUAUUUUACUGCAUUUAUAGGUUCAUAUCUUUUUCCUUAUAACUAAUUUAUAAAAACUAGUCUAUUUUUAUAGAUGUAUAGAUUUUAUUUUGCUUUCCCAUGCUUUAUCAUAGUGAGGAAAGUGUUUGCAAUUGAAGCAUUUGUUAGCUGUUCAUGUCUGUGAAACUUACAGCAACCUAGAAAACUAGUCUAAAUUCUGCAAGUCUCAAUAGAACUGCCUGGGUUGUGAGGGGUGGGUGCACUGCUUUACUUGUAGCUCAGGAGUAGCCAAUCUGUGGCCCUUGGGAUGCUGUUGGACUUCUGUUCCCUUCAGCCACAAGCCAGCACAGUCAGUAGCCAAAGAUAACAACCUUUGGAGGGCCACAGGUGCUCCAUCUUGGUGUAAGCAAUGUAUCCAAGGAAAAACUGCAAACAGAGAAUUGGGGACAAUGGAAAUGUUUAAAAUUGGGGUGAAAUGAAAAUACAAAUGUUUGUAAUUCAGCCAACUCGGAUGCAAAUCUGUGCUGAGUAGAGCACUGGAACUGAUUUGCAUGUUCUCCUUUUAUACAUACAUUUAUACUCAAUCCUAACAAUCGAGCCCAGAAUUUCCAGUUUUCACAGGUUGAUUUAUUUUAAAGAUUUCUAGGUGUUAUUUUAAAGCACCAGUGGCAGUAAUCUUGAAGCAUUCACGGUUAUGGGUUACAAGUCUGAUAUGCAAACAAAAAUUGAAGUGUUAAAAUAAGUAUAAACUACUCAGCAUCAGGGCUUAUACAAGUCUUUGAAAUGCCUUUACAGUAGCAGGGGCCGCCAAACCCAAGUACUGGUUUUGUUACCUCGACAACAGCCAGCAGUUUAAAACCAGCAUGAUUGCACUUUUGCAACUUUAGUUUCUAUAUCUGAAGUUGCCAACUUCCUAGCAAAUCAUCCUUUAUAGAUUGGAGCGGUGCAAAUACUAAUCCUGCCACGUGCCAAGAAGUCCCUGUCUAUUUCAAUGGAAAGAGCGGUUCCAUUCAUGCCAUGAAAUGUAGUACAGGAUUGCGGAACCUGUGUCCCUCCAGAUGUUGUUGGACUACCACUCUUUCCAUCCCUGACUGUUGCCCUUGCUGGCUGGGGCUGAUGGGAGUUGGAGUCCAAUAACACCGGAGGACCGCGGGUUCCCCAUCCCUGCUGGAGUGCAGGAGAUCUUUUCCUUUAUCCUCCACUCACAGCAACUCAUUGCACAAUGUGGGACACUGGACUGGGACAUGCCAGCCCUGAAUAUGUUUGUGCCCAUAUGUUUGGUUAGCAGAACUCAGCCACUUUGUACAACUAAUUUUCUUGUUGAUUUGUUGAGUACUUGUAGUCUUAACUGCAAAAGUAGUCUUUAUUUAUUUAGUGACCAUGUUACCAUAUACAUGUAUAUUUAUUUUCGAUGGAAAAUCUUUAUAUGAUUUUGUUUCUCAUAAAUUAUGUACAUAAGAUUUAUUUUUAUGCAUUUAGCACUUAAAUACCAUUGUCUGUCACUUACUGUCUUUAGCUUCUGAAAUGUUAACACAUACCGUGCUGUUUUUAAAGCCAAUGAUCUUUGUGUUUUGGCCUCCUUAGAUAAUUGAUCUGCUAGCAAAGUGCUUUGGUAGCUGGCCUUUAAACACAUGCCAAUAGUUUUUAUGAGCCAAAAUAUGCCGCACCAAAAUGUCUUAGAAUUAAAAUGCUCUAUAAAACAUGAA